CCGGCACGUGUUAAGAGAAGAAAACAGUGGAGAAAAUAUGAGCACAUCCUAAAGUUUAUCGCUGCGAUGGCAAAUCUAAAAUCAAACUUUGAUGUACUUCGCAAAUAUGAAGCAUUUUACACCGGAGGGAAAAUACAGAUAUCCAGUGACGGAGAGUUUAUGUUCUGCGGGUGUGGAAAUAAAGUACAAGUGAUAGAAAUUUCUUCAGGACAGACAAAAUUUUCAAUUGGAGAGAAAGAGGAGGAAGAUAUUGUUGGAUUCUGUGUGACACCAGAUGACAAGAAUUUGGUGCUUGCUACCCAGAAUCUUCUAUUUAGACAAUGGAAUUGGAAGGAAGGCAUUCUUGUGAGGACAUGGAAGGCUAUCCACACAUCUCCUGUGUCAGUAAUGGCAUUUGACAAAUCCUCCACUUUGCUGGCAUCAGGAAGUGCUGAUUCUACUAUCAAAAUGUGGGAUAUAGAAAAACAGUACUGUACACACAACCUCAAGGGUCAUCAUGGGGUUGUCAGUGUUGUGGAGUUUCAUCCUGAUGCUGACAAACUGCAGCUUUUCUCGGCAGCAGAUGACUACACUGUGCGGGUUUGGGACCUGAGGAGCAGUCAGUGUAUUGCUGCUGUGGAAGCCCAUGUCAGUGUAGUUACAUGUCUGUGUUUUUCUCAGGAUGGAUCGACCUUGUACAGUGCUGGAAGAGACAGUACUGUGGCAGUAUGGGAUGUUGAUAAGUUGAAGGUUAUCAAGACAUUCCCUGUAUUAGAGAGUCUGGAGUCAAUUGUACUACUGCCUGCUGGCAAGAGUUACCCAGAACUUAACAUUGAGGAUGAUACCCCUCACAUCAUCACUGCUGGCAGUAAAGGUGUUCUCAAGGUAUGGAGUGUGGAGAAGACCAAGUUGAAGAUUAUAAAGAACUUAAACACAUCACAGGAACAGACAAUUAUUCAGGCAUCAUACUGCCAGGCGAGGAAGCAGGUGGCUGUAGUGACCUUUGACCACAAUAUCUCUCUACUGGAAAUUGACACACUACAGCUGCACAAACAGUUCUGUGGCUACACAGAUGAAGUACUAGACCUGCAGUUGAUGGGGGAGGGUGACAGCCACCUAGUGAUGGCCACAAACAGCCAGCACCUCAAGGUGUUUGAAUUGGAGUCCUGGAACUGUCAGAUCCUCCAAGGUCACUCAGAUAUUGUACUCAGUGUGUGCGUCCACCACAAAGACCACCUCAUUGCUUCAUCUUCAAAGGACAACAGCAUACGACUGUGGAAGAUGGAUGCCGACACAGGGAGGGUGAAGUGUGUGGCUGUAGGUCAAGGUCACACACAUGCUGUCAACACAAUGGCAUUCUCAUGGUUAAAUGCUAGAACGAUUGUGAGUGGUGGACAGGACAGUACAUUGAAAGUGUGGGACAUUCCGGACAAACUGGACAUUCAAACUGUUGUCAGUCUGCAUUCCAAGAUCACAGAGAAAGCUCACGACAAGGAUAUCAAUUCUAUUGCCAUGGCGCCCAAUGACAAAUUCAUAGCAUCUGGUUCUCAGGACAAAACUGUCAAGAUUUGGAACACAAGUGAUCUGUCUCUGCUUGGUGUGAUGAGGGGACACAAACGAGGGAUUUGGUGUCUACAGUUUUCACCUGUUGAUCAGUGUUUAGCAACAUCAUCAGCUGAUGGUACUAUCAAGAUUUGGUCGUUGUCUGACUUCUUGUGUGUGAAGACAUUUGAAGGACAUGACAGCUCGGUUUUGAGAGUGAUAUUUCUGAAUAGAGGGAUGCAACUGAUGUCUUGUGGGUCAGAUGGCCUCCUGAAACUCUGGACAAUAAAAAACAAUGAGUGUGUGAAGACCUUUGAUGAACAUGAUAAUAAGAUUUGGGCACUAUGUAGUAACAAACAGGAAAACCAAAUUAUCACCGGAGGAGCAGAUUCUACUGUCAUCGUUUGGAAGGAUGUCACACAGGAGGAGAAAGAUGGAGAGCGUGAAAAGCAGGAAGAGUUCAUAUUACAAGAACAAACUCUAUCAAACCUGAUCCAACAGAAAAAGUUCCUUAAAGCCAUUAUGCUUGCCAUCAAACUGGAGCAGCCAUUCCGAGUCCUCAAAAUAAUGAAAGAAAUUCUGAUGGAAAACAAGGGAGAAGAAGAUCUAAAGAUAACUCUGGAAAAACUGCGAAUGGAUCAGAUUGAUACAGUUCUGAGGUUUGCUGCCCAGUGGAACACCAACAGUCGGCACUGCCAUGAGGCCCAGCUGGUCGUGUCCUCUGUGCUUGAGAUCUACCCACAGGAGGAGCUGGCUGAGUUCCCUAACAUCAGAUCAACACUGGAGGGCCUUCUUCCAUACACAGAGCGUCACUUCCAGAGGAUGAAUCGUCUGUUGCAGCAGUCCCGGUUUGUGGAGUAUACUUGGCAGUGUAUGAGGACUGUUUCUGAUGAUGCACAACCAAGCCAAUCAAAAACCAUGGAAUUUGAAAAGUAUGGAGCAUUUAAAGAGUGUGGAGUCAUUGAAGUAGAACCAAAGAAUGAAUCCAUUAUGGACAACAGUGAUUCUGGUGUGGACAAUGAUGAUAGUUUUGAAAAUGAUAUUUCAUUAGAUAGUGAUGAGGAGGAGGAGGAGGAAAGAGAGGAUAAUUCUAAUGAUGAUGAAAAUGACAAUGACAGUUCUGACAGUAGUGGUGAGAACAAUGAGAAUGUAAAACUUGUGAAACAAAAACCUAAAACUACAAAGGAACCUGUGAAAAGUGGCAAGAAGAAAAUGAAACAUCCAGCGGAAGUAGGUGUAAAAAUUGAACACCAACUGAAGAGAAAGACAGCAAAAGUGACAGACAAAUUUGAAAUGACUCAUAAUGAAAAGAAAAGCAACCAGAAGGGAAAAAGAAAAAUAUCAGGUGCUUUUAAAAAAGUAAAAAGUAAAAAACAGAGGUAACAAACCAACAUAAAUAAUUACAAUGUGUUUAAUUAAUUUCAAUACUGUUAUUGUUGAUAUGCAGCAAAAUGUAUUAUUAAAAUUUACAGAAGAAUA